AUGGCUGCUGCCCUCCUCGCUCUGCUCUUGGCCUCUGUCUCGCUGGGGACUGGACGAGCUGCGUGUGCAUUUGACCCAACCUGUGAGGACGACUGGAGUAAGUUUGAGUCUCACUGUUAUCAGUUCUUUGAUCGGAAAUCCUCCUGGACGGGUGCAGAGGACGCCUGCCAGCUCCUCGGGGCACACCUGGCCUCGGUCCACAGUCUGGAUGAGAAUGAUUUUUUAUAUCAACUGAUCAUUAAGAAAACUGGUUACAACACGAUGACGUGGCUCGGAGGGAGGAACACGCACACGCCAGACAACCUUAAAAACCGGGAACACCAUCUCUUCAUCAACCAUUUGAGAGAAAAGAAAUGGGGAGAUUACCCAGAAUCCUAUUCUCUGAGAUACGUCUGCGCCAAAAAACUGACACCGGUGUAA